AAAUGGUCCUUGAAAAUAUCUUCUAUAUCAUAUCCUUAAAUAGAUUCACCGUUCUGAAUAAUUUCUGGCAACUAAAUAUGGUUGUGCCUGUUUUUAGACUUCAAAUUUGAUGUGCGGCUUUAUGUUUUGGUGACAUCCUAUGAUCCCCUGGUCAUCUAUCUCUAUGAAGAAGGUUUGGCUCGGUUUGCAACUGUGAGGUAUGACCAGGGAUCAAAGAAUAUUAAAAACCAAUUCAUGCAUCUUACAAAUUAUAGUGUCAACAAAAAGAGUGGUGACUAUGUCAGUUGUGAUGAUCCUGAAGUAGAGGAUUAUGGAAACAAAUGGAGUAUGAGUGCAAUGCUGAGAUACCUGAAACAAGAAGGAAAAGAUACAACUGCUUUGAUGUCCAGCGUGGAGGAACUGAUAAUUAAGACAGUAAUUUCAGCUGAAUUGGCUAUUGCAGCAGCCUGUAAAGCCUUUGUCCCACACCGUGGUGUUUGCUUUGAGCUUUAUGGUUUUGAUGUUCUCAUUGAUUCUACUCUCAAGCCUUGGCUGCUGGAGGUGAAUCUGUCCCCUUCCCUGGCCUGUGAUGCUCCUUUGGAUCUGAAAAUUAAAGCUAGCAUGCUUUCAGAUAUGUUCACACUUGUAGGCUUUGUUUGUCAGGAUCCAGGUCAGCGGCUAAAUCGGACAUCUUAUUACUCCUCUGAGACAAGGAGAAAUCCAUACCAAAAAACUCAACGUUCCCGGCCCCUCUCUGCCAGCGAUGCUGAGAUGAAAAACCUUAUCCCCUCUGCAAAAGAGAAAGUUGCAGGAAGGCAUGUUGGCUCCAUGCUGGGCCUCUCUAUGGAAGAGAUAAAAGUGUUGCGCCGAGUGAAGGAUGAAUAUGACAGAAGAGGCGGGUUCAUUCGUAUAUUUCCUACACCAUUAACUUGGGAUACUUAUGGGCCUUUUCUUGAACAUAAGACAACAAUGAACUAUAUGCUGGCUACUCGUCUUUUCCAAGAAAGAGGAAGUUCAAGGAAAGGACCAGUUCCUAGACGAGCUCGGUUAGCUCUUGCUGCUGAACUGGGUUUGGACAUUAUAGAUUGUAACGCUCAGCUUCAUGCUGCUUUGUAUGAGCGGAAACUAUUAUCACUAGAGGUUCGAAAACAAAGGCGAAGGUUUGGCAAACUGAGACCAGGAAGACUGUCAAGAUUGUCAGGUACAUCACAAUCAGCUGAUUUUAUCCUCAAGUCAGAAACAGAAUGUGAAGAAGAGGAGGAAAUGGAAGAUGAAGAACUAGAAAUAUGCCAGGGUGAAACAGUCGGGUCUCUCAGAAAUAUGCCUGUGAAAUUUAAGCCACAGUUGACAGAGAUGGUGAAGCCCCCCCACCAAGCCAAAUUACCAAAGGAACCUGAAGAGAAGCCUGCAAAUGAAGGGCCUCCUCCUCAAGAGAAACUGGAACCAGUGCCAAAGAAUACUGAUCCUCCAUUUAAUUUGCUACAGAUUCUGCAAGAGAACAGGAAUCUAAGCAAAGUUCAGGCUCGCAGAGCUUUCUCUGCUUACCUGCAGCGGGUCCAGCUGCGUCUGAUGAAAGAGGCUGGUGAUGAGGUCCACAACCCAGUCUGGGCUGCCAAGGAAGAUGAGCAGAUGGAACUGGUGGUUCGUUUUUUGAAGCGAGCAGCCAGUAAUCUUCAACAGUCGUUGAGGAUGCUACUUCCAAGUCGCCGCCUGGCUCUCUAUGACCGUAGGCGCAUCUUAGCUCACCAGCUGGGUGAAUUCAUCAUCUGCUAUAACAGGGAAACAGAUCAAAUGUCUCAGAAAAAGGCAAUGAAGAAACAGGAGGAAGAGGAAGAAGAGGGGGUAGAUGAAGAAGGCUUUCAGGAAUUUAUCAUUAAGGCAAGUGAAAGUGAUCUUGAGGAGGUACUGACAUUUUACACACAUAAGAAUAAAUCAGCAAGUGUCUUCCUGGGAACAAAUCCUGGAGCUACAAAACAUAGUAAUAGCCAAUUGGAAAAUAAAAACAAAGGAAAUCACUCAGAAAAGAUGGGAAAAAAUGAAAAAAAGCAGUCCCAACCUCCAGUGGAGAAAGAAAAUGUGGUAGAGCAGCCGAGAGUUGAGCAACCCAAAGGAACUAGUUUACCCAGUAAGAAAAUUGGAAAAAGUGUUCCUUCUUCAACGGAAGAUGGAGAGAAUAUGCCACAAUUCAGCGUUCUUACCACUUCUUCCUUUACUCAUGGUACCACACUCCCACAAAGCAUUAGUAUACCAUUGUCCUCGCAACCUGCUGCCUGUGAGAAUGUACAGUUGCCUGAUUAUCACUCGACCCCUUCCCUUUCGCCAGGUUCUAGAGCAACAUUUCCCCCUUCUUCUCAAAAUGCAGCACCUGACAACUUGUCUAAUACAGCAAAAAAUGUGUCCCGCCCAUCCUCAAACAGUACAAACUUACACCGUUCUCGGUCUGGCAGUUACACUGUCAGCCCCUUCUCUUCCUUUCAGACUGCCAUGCAAAUCUAUAGCCAGAGACUGACCCGGCCUUCCUCAGCAAAAGCAGCAGGAUCAAGAAGUCACAGCCCAAGCAGACAGCGUGGUGUAUCUGCCAGAAUGAAUAAGGAUACAGAAGACAACAAGCGUUAUAAUCACGAUAUUGCAGCAGAACUUCAGAGAUUGGCAGAGAAGCAGGCAGCUAGACAGUACUCGCCACCCAGUCACAUCAGCCUUCUUACACAACAGGACGCUACAAUCUGACAGUUUCGCUUGGGAAGGGGAUACAGAAAACAGCAUACAUAGUAAGUUGAUAGGAAGCCAACCAGUGCAUCCCAAGACUCCGCCAAGCCUCGGCAGCUAUCAGCUCCAUUUUGCCUUGCAGCAGCUCCAACAGCAGAAGCUUCAGUCACGGCAACUUUUGGACCACAGCCGAGCACGGCAUCAGGCUUUGUUUGCCAGCUUCCCACCAUCGAAUAUCAGUUCUGCAUCCAGUCUCAGUUCUACGGCCUUGUCAUCUAAUGCUUGUAGCCGCAGAGCAUCAGGUUCCAUUUCUGAAGUCCAGAAUGCAUCUAAUCUGCACAAAGUGAUGUCAUCCCAGAGUGCAUCUUCACAUUUGGUCCCUAAGCCCCCAGUCAAUAUCAGGAAAGUAGCAUCUCAGAGAAUAUCCAAGAUAACCUCUACAGAAAGGCAGCUGAAUGGAUUCCAGAAUAGCCUUAACAGCGCUGCAUCCUGUGAGCCACUUGCAAACUCCACAGCUCCUGUUUGUGGUUAUUUUUUGAAGAAGGAUUCUUCCUAAAUAAUGAACAAUCAGUUCAGUGCUUCAGCAUGCAAGGAGGAGAUGAAGCAGGAAUGACUGUUCAUCAUUCCACGUUCCUGGCUACACCCAGAUUGAUAACAAGAUUUGUCUCAGACUCCAGAAUUUUCCCUUAGGAGAGAAAAACAGCCGAGUGUUUGUGGAAAUAGCGUUCAAGCUCUGACAUGAGGUUUCUACUCCACGGAGCUUUUGCUGCCAAGUCUCAGGGUUUCCUUUGUGUUCUAUAUCACAUCUUCUACCAGAUAGCCUUUAAAUUGAGGUUAUGGCUCAUAAGAUAGAAGUUCUGAAUUGUGUCUAUAUUAUGUAUACCGGGCCCAGAUUUCUCUUUCCAGUUAGACAUUUCGGCCUCCCCUGAGCAUGAUGAAGUUUCUCUACUGGAUGGUGGACACAGUUCGCACAACAUGACUACAGUUAACGCAUGUGAUUAAAAUGAUGACUGAUUAUAUAGACACUUGUGCUGGAUGCUCUCAAUGUUGGCAAGAAGCCAUAAAAAUUCUCAGUCUGUGAAUAAAGUCAAUCAUUUUGUUCGUUUAACUUAUAA